CUACCACCAAACUGUUUUCACAGCCAAGGAACUUCACCAUCAUCACAAUUCACAGCGCAAUUUCUUGAUAAUCAGACCUUAAAUCAAAACUAAACUACUAAACAAAGAAAAAAAAAAAAAAGGAUCUAGCGAUGGAAAAUUGUUUCCGAUGGCCACAGUCAUGAUAGCUAGCUGGCAUCUUUCAUCAUCGCCCAUAUUUCUUUAUCAACUAUUCAACUCCCUUAUUAAAUUUGGAAUGGGAACAUGUUGAGUUGCUCCAAAAGUCGCUAUUAAUUGUGCAUUUUCUGUUUCAACUUUGCCCUGGAAGAUUUAAGCUGAGGGAAAAGAUGGGUGUCUCUCAGUUUCGGUUCUUUCUUGUUCUUUUCUUCGUAUUCUACGUUCCAAAGUGGGUUCAUGGGAACACGGAGCUUAGAGCUUUAAUGGAGCUGAAGGCUUCUUUAGACCCAACAAACAAGGUGCUGGAAUCAUGGAGGAGUGACGGUGACCCUUGCAGUGGUUCUUUUAUGGGCGUGGCUUGUAAUGAGCACCGUAAGGUGGCCAACAUCUCGUUGCAGGGAAAGGGUCUUUCUGGUAAACUCUCGCCUGCUAUUGCGGGAUUCAAGUGUCUUUCUGGUUUGUACUUGCAUUACAAUUCAUUAUCUGGGAAGAUACCACAAGAACUUUCACAACUUCAGGAAUUAACUGAUCUUUAUCUUAAUGUUAACAAUCUGUCUGGUAGUAUCCCUCCACAGAUUGGAAACAUGGCUGGUUUACAAGUUCUGCAGUUGUGUUGCAACCAGCUGACAGGGAAUAUACCUACACAGAUUGGGUCUUUGAAGCAACUAAAUGUUGUUGCUUUGCAAUAUAAUAGACUAGAUGGUAAAAUUCCACCCAGCUUAGGGAACUUGAGAAUGUUAAAAAGACUUGAUUUGAGCUUCAAUAGCCUCUUUGAUGCAAUCCCUCCAACGUUAGCUGAUAUCCCAGAACUGGAAAUUCUAGAUGUCCGAAACAAUACUCUAUCCGGACUUGUUCCUUCAGGUUUGAAGAGAUUAAAUGAAGGGUUCCAAGGUGACAACAACCCGGGUCUAUGUGGAGCCGGUUUUCCAUUGUUGAGACGUUGCGGUCCUUUUGAUGGUGUGAACAUUAACCAGGUUGAACCAUUCCGGCCACAUUUAAAUAACACUGCUCCAGAACCAGGGGUUAACUCCCACCCAUCAAAUGUCCAGAGACAUUGCAACCACACUCAUUGCUCACGCCCAUCGAGAUUCCCCGAAAUGCCUGUUAUUUCAGGGGUUACUACGGUGGUUUUCAUUUUUACGGUUGCUGGACUUUUUGCAGUUAUUCACUACCGUAGGCAGAAACAGAAGAUUGGAAAUACAUCUGGUUCUUCCGACGAGAGCUUUAGCAUUGAUCAGAAGAAGGAAAUUCUAAGGAAUGGAAGUGUUUCACCACUUAUAACACUUGAAUAUUCAUAUGGAUGGGAUCCAUUAGGUGAUGGCUGGAGUGGCAUUGGAUUUUCCCAGGAGCAUUUGAAUAAGUUUAGGUUCAACUUAGAAGAAGUUGAGUCCGCAACUCGAUGCUUUUCCGAGUUGAAUUUACUGGGCAAGACAAACUUUUCGGCUGUCUACAAAGGGGUUCUAAAAGACCGUUCUAUUGUAGCCAUUAGAAGCAUAAACGUAACCAGCUGCAAGUCCGAGGAAGCAGAGUUUGUUAAGGGAUUGUACUUGUUAACCUCCUUGAGACACGAAAACCUUGUCAGGCUACGAGGUUUUUGUUUCUCAAGGGGCAGAGGCGAAUGCUUUCUCAUUUAUGACUUUGCUUCCAAGGGAAACCUAUCCAAAUACCUCGAUCUAGAAGAUGGAAGUGAACCUGUUCUUGACUGGUCGACAAGGAUUUCCAUCAUAAAUGGCACUGCAAAAGGUCUGGAAUAUUUGCACAAAAGUGAAGCAAACAAACCACCCAUAGUCCACCGCAACAUAUCUGUGGAGAAAGUUCUCAUCGACCAACAAUUCAACCCAUUGAUUGCUGACUCUGGUCUCCAUAAGAUUUUUGCCGAUGACAUUGUCUAUUCAACUCUGAAAGUGAGUGCAGCCAUGGGUUAUCUAGCACCAGAGUACAUUAUGACAGGACGUUUUACGGAGAAGACCGACGUGUUUGCAUUUGGGGUGAUCAUUCUCCAAAUCCUGUCUGGUAAACUUCUACUCACAAGCUCAAUGCGGUCGGGGGCGGAAACUAGCAAGUUUGAAGAUUUUGUCGAUAAAAAUCUCAGGGGAGAGUUUUCUGAAUCCAUGGCAUCUAAGCUGGGGAAAAUUGCACUUAAUUGCACCAAUGAAGAACCUAAUGACAGACCAAGCAUGGAAACAAUUAUUAAAGAGCUAAAUGAUUACAGUGUCAGUUCUUGAUGGGGGCAUUAUCUUUUACCCCAACUUGAGAAACUGACGAUGAUGAUGAUGGGAUCAAAGAGAUUGCUGAAACUUGAUUUUUGUUGGUGGUUGUAGAUCUUUUUGUCGAGUACUAUGAUGAUUUGAAGUAUGAAAAGAUGACAAUAUCGUGUAAAGUGGAGUUGCAGAUAGGAGUUUCCUCACUGAUGACUAGCAAACAAAAGAAGUACGGAGAAAUAUUGGGAGAAAUAA